CUGUUGUUGCUUUAAUUUUCAGUCCUCAAGAAGGCGUUUGAGGCCUUCGACCACGAGAAGAAGGGUUGCAUCGGCACCGUGAUGGUGGGCACCAUCUUUGGCAUGCUGGGUCUUGGCGUCACCGACGAGACCUUAAAGGAGAUCAUUGAAGAAGUGGACGAAGAUGGAUCCGGCGAGCUGGAGUUUGAAGAGUUUGUAACCUUAGCGUCGAGAUUCAUGGUUGAAGAGGACGCCGAAGCUAUGCAACAAGAACUUAAAGAAGCAUUCCGGUUGUACGACAAAGAAGGUAACGGCUAUAUCACGACAGCGGUGCUACGGGAGAUCCUCAGAGAGCUGGACGACAAGAUCAGCGCAGAGGAGUUGGACAUGAUGAUUGAGGAAAUUGACUCUGACGGCUCUGGCACCGUUGACUUCGAUGAAUUCAUGGAAGUUAUGACGGGAGGCGACGACUGAACGACCAUUUGCGCAAGUUUAUGUUAUAAUGAUACUUAUUAUUAUAUAAUUCACAAUAUCAAUUUAUUUAUACAUCGGAAGACCAAUUUGAUAAUAUGAUUAGCAAAAAACUUUAAUGUAUUUAUUUAACUAAUUGUAAGAUAUUUUAUAAGAAUAAAACAAUAUCCUAAGA